GCUAAAAUGGCGGACAUUUCAGAGGCAUCUUCAGAAAACGGAAGCUAUUUUGAUGGCUGUCUGCUGAAUACGAUGGAGAUCUCGGUGAAGGACAUCGAGAAGAGAUCCGGAGAAAAAUUGAAGGAGCCAUAUAUCGUGUACAUGAUCGAGACAAGGUGUUUCGGUUCAUCAGAUGAUGAAAAUCAGUCCUCGUGUUUGUGGAGAAGAUACAGUGAAUUUGAUAUGCUCAGGAAUUAUCUGCAGACAACAUAUCCUGGUCUGAUCAUUCCUCCACUACCAGAAAAGAAGACAAAUCUUGCUGCAUUUAGACUUAAUUCUGAUAAUUAUAAUAUGGAGUUUGUAGAAAGGAGAAGAAGUGGUUUGGAAUUCUUCUUGCAUCGCAUUGCAAAGCACCCACAGCUUGGCUUGGACGAAUUCUUCAAGUCCUUUCUCAUUCAGGAGGAAGGUUGGAAAGAUUCGAUUAUUGCUACUGGAUUUCAAAGUAAGGCGGAUUCAAAGUUGAAAAGCUUAAGUGCAUCUUUCAGUCUCAAGAAUCCAGAUAAGAAAUUUGAAGACAUUAAGAAUUAUUCUCAGACACUGCAAGGAAAUAUUGCAUCGCUUCUUAAAGUACAGCAGAAAAUUUCUGAAAAACAGUAUAACAUUCAUAAAGAACAUGCAAAUUAUGGGAAAAUAUUCAGCGAAUGGAGCAGCAUCGAAGAUGAAAUGGGACACGCUUUACAAAAAGCUGGUCAUUACAUGGAUAACUUGGCGUCAGCUAUUGAUGAUAUCCAGGAAGAAGAGGAAAAUCAUUACGUUGACAGACUUAGGGAAUAUUAUUUGUACGCUGAGUCUAUCAGGGUAAUGACUAGAAAACAACAGUUACGUCAUUACAAUCUCGAGAAAGCUGAGGAAGUUGUGUCUGCAAAAAGUACUCAAAGAGAGGAACUUCUGAAAGCGGGUGAAGACGGCGAGGCGGGUAAGAAAAGUGGUGGAUUGUGGUCGAAGAUAUUCGGCGGGGAUACACCGGAGGCAAGGGAAGCGAAACUUCAAACCUUGGAAACUCAGAUUGAAGAAUCUGAAAACGCUGUAAAAGAAGCACAGGAGGAACUCAGUUCUUUCACUGAGACGGCAGAUAAAGAUUACGACAUGUUUCAAAAACAGAGGGAUGGUGACAUGAAGAAAAUUUUGAUUGACCAUAUCAAAACGCAAAUGAAGUUGUGCAAGCUGGGAAUUUCAUCUUGGGAAAAUAUGAAAGAGACUUUCGAAGGAAUGGCCUAGCCGAAAUCCUAUAGUAUAUAAGGAACCCUUCUUCGUAGAAGAAUCGUUCAUGCCCAAUUAUUGUUUGGAAAAAUGGUGCCACUUCACGCAUUGAGAACAUUACAUAAUUAGAAAAUUCAACUAAAUUCUAUUUUUAAAAAAUGAAGUUAUAUCGCAGUACACAGUUGGUGUUGAUGUUAUCAAUCUCUAAAAAUUUCGAUGGCUAGUUGUGAUGAACUAUCUUAUCGUAGCGAUCGAUGAACAAGCCGCUAAGAACCUAUAAGAAUAACGAAAUCUUUUUUGAUGUAUAAGAUACCAAUAGCGAAAGCGUCAUUUUCGGAUGUGGCGUGCGAUGUUUCGCCGUGGUUUAGGUACACUGAUAGUGUUACCAUGUUGACCGCCGCACUAUUUAAAAGCGUUCCCACAUUUAUUUCAAAGCAAUGUGUAAACAUCUAUAAUGCCAUAAUAAUUUUUCAGAAUAUACAAAGCAGAAUAUAUCAAUUUCUCAUAUUUAAGAAAGCGUUCUUAUUUUAAGCACAAACUAACAUCGUUGUUCGCACAAAUCUUAUGACCUAUAGUAAAGCACGCGACAUUCAUCAUGAUCGCUUAAUUAGAAUUUUUUGACUAUUUAUAUUAGCACGUCAAGGACCUUUCGCAAGUGCCCUUUGGACAUGAGCUUCUUAACAGUCUGGGGAGUGGUUGGCCACGUAUAAAACAUAAGGGGUAUUGUCUAUAUUGAUGCUUCGAUAAAAGUGAUUACAAAACACAAUUUAGGUUUUUCUUGUUAAAUUUAUUAACAUUUCAAUCUUUUACGC